AUAUAUAUAUAUAUAUAUAUAUAUAUAUAUAUGUAUAUAUACACAUGAUAUGCACAUGGCAUCUUACAUUUUUUAUUGCAUUUAUAUUUACAUCAUGUCUUAUUUUUUAAAUAAUUAUAAUAACAAUUCCUAUAAAAAUCAAUAUAAUGAGGCCUAUUUUGUGAAAUCUGAUUAUAAAACAUGGCUUUGCCUUCCCUUAUAUUGGAUCCUGAAUUAUGUACAGUUUUUACAACUAGCGAAAUGAAUGUAAUAAACGAUGUCUUGUGCAAUAUUGAAUUUUGCUGUAAAUGUUUACAACAAGAUUACGCAAUCAGCAUCAUCUAUAAAGAAGGAAUCGAUGAUACAAAUUCUAAAAAAACUGCGUACGACACAUUUAGUUUAGACUAUGCGGUUUACAAAGCACUGAAGAUUCUUGAUAAACAUGUUGACAUUCUUCGUACGAAUCCUCGCUAUAAACAUAUUUCAAUGCCAUCAGCUUUGUUUUUGAAUUACAUCCGUUAUUUUUUAAAUUAUAUUUUAUGUAGAAUGCAUCUUAUGUCAGAACAAGCGAGAAAUAAAGAAUUACAUUAUAGACAACUCUGGCGCUGCCAUAAAAAAUCUGUCGCUGAUAUUGCUAUAUCCACUACAAAUUUGGAGAGGCAACGAAUUAAUCAUAAAAGAAUGCUCGAGGACGUAGUUAAACAAUACGGGAAAAAUAUAAUUGCUAUUAAUGAAAUCGACAAAAAGUGUAAUGAAGAUAUCAUAAACACAACUAUCAAAUACGAGAAGAAACAAUUUACUUUAUAUAAAGCUUGGGAAUUCGAACAAAAUGAAAUACGAUUAGCGUUGGAGAAUGUUAUAGAUGACUUCGAAUCCUUAAAAGAUAUAAAUACGAAAUUGCAACAAACUAUCCGUGAACGCAAAUUGACAAUUGAAUCAAAAUUAUUAGCAGUAAUAGCUAAAUAUGACUUAGAAAUUGGCAGCAGGUAUCAAAUGUUAGAAGAACUCAGUGAAGCAUAUGAAUACGAUAAGCUGGAAAAACAUAUGUUGGAGAAAGAGAUAAAACGACAAGAAAUAUACCUUGCUUCUAUCAAAGGAAAAGAAAAAAAUGAGGAUGAUAAAUUUUUGUUAGAUGAUGAUGAACAUUUAUCUACUAAUGCACAACAAGAACAUUCUGCACGGAUUAUCUCCAACGUUGAUUUGAAAAAUUUUGUGGAAUAGAGGAUUAAAAUAAAUA